AUGUCUCGCAAGUCCAAAGCACCGCCGACGAGCCUAGCUCACGCACCUCGAAUGAGAAAAGAAGUCUGCGCGCAUGCGAAGAUUGCAAGCGCCGAAAGGUACGCUGUGAUGGGCGACAACCUUGCAAUAGGUGUGAGUAUCGCGGUUCACGAGCGGCAUGCGUCUACAUCAAACCCAUUCGACGCCCUAACGUUGGAGGACUUAACCAGGGGUCUUGAGGAACGCGACUCAAUAUUAGGUCGCCUUUUCCCCAACCGAGAUAUAUCAGAUCUUGUUUCGUUAUCAGACCAAGAACUCCGCGAGCUUGUCUUGACCUCCGGCCCUAGUCCCCAUAGCACGAACUUGACCUCACGUUCCGAUAACACACCUAAUGAAUCGAUUACUCAAGACUCGCAAUGGGAUGAAGAUCGACGGGAACGCGAUCCUCUACCCGCCGAAGCUGAUGAUGUCAACGCCCUAUCCCUUCCGUUGGACCGUCAGGCUUCUUACCUCGGUAUCUCAUCUAUCAGGGCUGCUCUUGGAGCUAUACUUCAAAUGAGACCUCAGCUACGUGCUUCACUCGCAUCUCGGCAGGAGACCUACAAUGAAAGUUCUUCUCUACGCGAUAACGGUAUGCAGUGUUGUCAGAUGGUUCAGUCUCCAACAGAGAAUCCUCGCGUCAAGUGGAGUAGAAAGGGACAAGCACUUGUCGAUGUAUACUUCAAGCGAAUACACAUAAUGACUCCAUUGCUUGAUGAAACAUCCUUUCGGACAACCUACCUCAGCGGUAAUCGGCAUGACUCGCCUUGGCUUGCACUGCUGAACAUGGUGCUUGCCAUGGGUAGCAUUGCAGCUAGCAAGUCAAGCGACCGAGAACACUACAAAUACUACACCAGUGCCAUGCGACAUCUAGAUAUUAGUGCCUUUGGCAGCAGUCAGAUCGAAACGUUACAAGCACUUGCUAUCAUCGGCGGUCACUAUCUUCAUUACAUUAACCGACCCAACAGAGGCAAUGCUAUUCUCGGUGCAGCAUUUCGUAUGGCGAGUGCUCUUGGCUUCCAUCGCGAGCCAUCAGACCAAGACAAAGAAGGCGACCAGCUUCAGGUCGCGGAACUGAGGCGCCGUAUAUGGUGGUGCUUAGUCUGUUUAGAUACUUUAGCGUCCAUGACCUUGGGUCGACCUUCUUUUGGCCGCUUUUGUCCUUCCAUUGAUAUCCAACCGCCAAAGCUCAGCACCGGCGAGCAUGGACAGCUGGACUCGGAGCCUGACAUGGAUACAAUGCUACUCGCCGAGAAUAUUCGCUUUUGCAGGAUCGCCACUGAGAUUCAGGACAAGCUCACCGUUACUCCGUUCCUACAACCCGCUGACCGAGAUCGAUUCGAUGGUAUGUUGGUCAGUUGGUUUGCCAGUCUGCCAUCGCUUCUCAGUGAUGACCAAGAGUUCGAUGAGCUGGUUCACCUUGGUCGAUGUACCAUGAGGUGGCAAUACUGGAACUUACGUAUGCUUUUAUGUCGACCAGCAUUACUGGAAGCUGCGUCAAAGCCUGGCGUAUACUCUCAGCCAGCCGACCAAGAUGCCAUUGAGAAAUGCCAACUUCUUUCCAAGACAGCUAUCGAGGACAUAGCGCAGAGUUGGAAGAACGACCAGAUGUCAGGGUGGAAUGCAGUAUGGCAUCUUUACCAAGCAGUCAUGAUUCCUCUAUUGAGUAUGGUCUGGCAGCCUCAAAAUCCUGCAGUUUCGGAAUGGAAAAGCCAGAUCGAAAUGGUGCUUGGGCUGUUUGAAAGCAUGCGUGAUUGGUCUUUGACAGCGCGUUGUAGUAAGAGGGUUGUCAGCCAGAUCUACGAAACAAUCUGUGAGUCAAUACGUAGAAGUGAGAGAUCUUUCCCUGACAUCAAUAUGAACCCGAACAUGUUCUUAGAUCAAGACCUGGAUCAAUGGGCGGAUGUAUUGGAUGUGGAUGAUAUACUAAAUAUGCUGUGUCAAGACUGA